AUGACUGUCACGCUUUUGUUGUCCAUUCUUGUAGUUCUGGUGAUUCUCUAUCUCUACUUGACGAGAAAUUAUAAAUAUUGGCAAAAACGUGGAAUACCUUGUCCGGAUGGCGCCUUGCCUGGUGUCGGUCACUUAUGGGAAGUUGCCACACAGAAGGUCAUCAUGGCCGAGUACUGUUCCAAGAUCUACCAUGCUUAUCGGGAUCGCAGUAUGGUAGGAAUUUACAGCUUUAUGACGCCGGCAUUGAUGGUUCGCGAUCCGGAGCUUGUAAAGACGGUGCUGCAGACCAGUUUUACGAAUUUCCACGAGAAUGGCUUGAAGAUCGACCCCAAAUUAGACCCUCUUCUGGCGAACAAUCCCUUUUUCAGUUACGGUGAAAAAUGGAUGACCGGAAGAAAGCGCUUGACCUAUGCGUUCUCCAGCAUGCGAUUGAAACUCCUACUCGAGACCGUUAAGCAGGUGUGUAAGACAUUCGAAGGCUACCUGGACAAAAAAAUAGACAAAGCUAGGAAAGUGGAGUUAGAGUUAAAGGACUUGUUUGCUAGAUUCACCUCGCAGGUGGUAUCUAGCGCUGGCUUUGGCGUGGAUGGCUUAAGCUUUGACGAGGAGAAGGAGAAGGAAUCUUUCUAUGCAAUGGGCAAGAGCUUCCUUGAUGCGGGCGUUUUGAACAACAUUAUCUUCACUAUUACUUUUUUUAUACCAGUCUUGGGCAAAAUUUUCAAGACAAGGUUCUUACCGAAAAAGGCUGAUCAUUUUUUUCGAGCGAUCAUUGCGAACGUUAUAGAGCAAAGAAGAAAAGAAACGACACCCAGAAACGAUUUUCUCCAGUUGAUGGUUGAUUUGGAACGAACGGAAGGCGAUAAGUUUGACUUAGAAGUUCUCACAUCUCACGCGGUGUCGUUUUUUAUCGACGGUUAUGAAACUUCCAGCUCUGCCUUAAGUUUUAUCGGUUUCAACUUGGCCAGUUAUCCAAAAGUACAGGAGAAGUUACGCAAGGAAGUGAUAUCUGUGCUUAAUAAAUACGAUGGUGUGAUUACUUACGAAGCCUUAAAAGAUAUGACGUACAUGGAUCAGGUGAUAAACGAAUCGAUGAGAGUCAUACCCACUCUGGGAUUUCUAAACAAGGUUUGUACAGAAGAGACUGAUUUGAAAGGGUUUGAUGGGCUCGUCUGUCACGUAGAACGUGGAACGCACAUCUUGAUACCCAUUAGUGGCCUGCAAGAAGACCCACAAUACUGGGAGGAUCCCAAAAAAUUCGAUCCCGAUAGAUUUGGCCCAGAUAGGAAGCACAGCAUCGAAAAAUUCACCUUUCUUCCCUUCGGCGAAGGACCGCGAAUUUGCGUAGGAAUGAGAAUGGCUCAGUUACAGAUAAAAGCUUGUUUGGCUACGUUCCUGACAAAAUAUAGCAUAGAGCUUUCUCCAAAGACACAGUUACCUUUAAAAUUCGUAGCUUCAACCUUUCUGGCUCUUGCAGAAGGCGGUCUUUGGACCAUUAUCCGGCCGAUUUAAUUAUGAGGAUCUUUCUUUGACAUUAUUUUAACAAAUUUUUUAGAGUAUUAUUCGGUCAAUUUAAUGACGAAAUUUUUUACAUCUUUUUUUCUUAAAUUUAUUUUUUUCU